GAGAACUUAACUCUCUUAUGUGACGUCACUGGGAUACGCCAUACACUAUGCAAGUGUUAAAAUCAUAUAUAUGGUUAAAAUCGUGUUCGACUUUCCAAUAUGUCCACGUAGGAUGAAAUUUUCCUGUUCCACGGAAGAAUCACUAGACAUGAUGACUUCGUAGCCACGAGAGCUUGACAGCUGAAUGUGACUAUGGCCAGCCCACGGACGCGACGAGUGCUCGGUGAAUUGAAACCAAAGGAUGAAAACAAUAAAUGUUUUGAAUGUGGAAGUCAUAACCCACAAUGGGUAUCUGUGACAUAUGGUAUUUGGAUAUGUCUGGAAUGUUCUGGCAAGCAUCGUGGUUUGGGUGUGCACUUGUCAUUUGUCCGUUCUGUCUCUAUGGACAAAUGGAAAGAUGUGGAACUGGAAAAGAUGAAAGUGGGUGGCAACAGAAACGCUCGAGAAUUCUUUGAAAAACAACCUGACUGGGAUGAGUCCAUGUCUAUCUCACAACGUUAUAAUACAAAAGCAGCAGCAUUAUAUAGAGACAAAAUUGCUACAUUGGCACGAGGAGAGCCUUGGAGUCCAAGUAGUUCAGGAGCUAAAGAUUUCCAGCCUUCCAUCUAUCUCGAAAGCAGACAAGAGCAUUCGUAUCAAAGUGACUUGACUCCAACAUCUUAUCAAAAUAUAGACUCAAAUAGCUUGAAGGCACAAACGGAAUCUUUCUUUGCUAAGAAACAGAGUGAAAAUGCCAAUCGACCAGAAAAUAUACCACCUAGUCAAGGUGGCAAAUAUGGAGGAUUCGGCUACCAAAUGGACCCACCGCCCAAAAGUUCAUCUCAAGAACUGUUUGAUAAUGCAGUUUCUUCAUUAGCAACUGGUUGGUCAAUAUUUUCCUCCUCGGCUUCGAAAAUAGCAAGCAAGGCUACCGAGAAUGCUAUCAAAAUCGGAGGGCUCGCAACACAAAAGGUUCGCGAUGGCACAUUAUUAGAAGAAGUUGGGGCCCAGGUCAAUCAUUUAGCUGCAAAGGUAGGAGAUUUAGGAAGAAGAGGGUGGGGCGACAUCGCUGGGACCAAUUCAGCUGAACAAAACCAAUAUGAUUCCAUGGACCGGUAUCAAUGUUCCAAUAAUACAUACCAGAAUAGCGAUUCGGUACAAUCUAAUCGUUCCAAUGAAAAAUCGUCUCUUGUGAGAAGUUCUAGUUCGAAGGGUAAUAUCUCAUCCACUGGAGGUUCUUGUAAUAUUUCAAAUUGUGAUUGGGAAUGGGGUAGUGACACUAAGCAAAUGAAUAAGGCCUCGAAGAAACCAACUAAGGAAAAGAAAGAAGAGUCAUUGAUUAAUUUCGAAGCGGACAAUAAAGCACAGAACUGGAACUCAAAACUGGAAGAUGAUGCCUGGGAAAUAUUAAACAAUUAAUGAUGAUACUAUUAGCGCAAAUUAGAAAAAAAAUAUCAAUACACAUUGAGUUUAGCAGAUUAACACGUUGACUGCCGUGUUGAUUUCCUAUUGAUUGACAAAGACUUAAUUGACAAAUUAUACCAAGUUAGUAAAAGAAUGUAACUUGAACUGCAUGCAUCUUUUACAUUAUCUCAUUGGUUCCUUAUUGGUCAUAUAACCAACUGUUCAAAUACAAUUAUAUUUUAUAUGUAACUUCAUGUGACACGAUAGUACGAUUAUUUAGAUUGAUCCUUAAUGACCAUCAUGACAUUCAACGUGUUAAAGAAAAGCAGAUUUGCCUUUCUGUAUUUGGCAGAUUUCUUAAAGAGAAGUUCAGUUUUCUAAUAUUCAUAGAGUAGAGAGCAAUUUAAUUUUAUAAUUCAUGUUGUAUCAGUUAAGUUAUUAAUGGUUAAUUAAAUGAAACAAAAGCUACCUACCCUUACAGUCUUGGAACUAUGUCAGAUGAUGAUAUUUAAGUAUUCAAAAUUAAAAAAUAUUAAAGAAAUGUAAAAAAGAAGAGAUUAUAUAUAAUUCAAUAUUAAAAUGACUCCUAUCUAUCAAUGGUUUAACA